CCUCCACCUUGUUUUUAGCAGACAUGGCGGCCUCCACAGCUCGAGCAAUGCUGUUCCCGGCUGUGCGGCGGCAGCUCUGCGGUUUCGCCGAGAGGCUCCGGGUCAGAGGCACCGCCGGGCGGCCAUUGUAUUUUGGAGGGAACAGAUUGAGAAGUACACAGGCUGCUACACAAGUUGUUCUGAAUGUUCCUGAAACACGAGUGACACGUUUGGAAAAUGGACUCAGAGUGGCUUCUGAAGACUCCGGGCUCUCAACAUGCACAGUUGGACUCUGGAUCGAUGCUGGAAGUCGAUAUGAAAAUGAGAAGAAUAAUGGAACAGCUCACUUUCUAGAGCAUAUGGCUUUCAAGGGCACCAAAAAGAGAUCUCAGCUGGAUCUAGAACUUGAGAUUGAAAAUAUGGGUGCUCAUCUUAACGCCUAUACCUCCAGAGAGCAGACUGUGUAUUACGCCAAAGCAUUCUCUAAAGACUUGCCCAGAGCUGUAGAAAUUCUUGCUGAUAUAAUACAAAAUAGCACAUUGGGAGAAGCAGAGAUUGAACGUGAGCGUGGAGUAAUCCUUAGAGAGAUGCAGGAAGUUGAAACCAACUUACAAGAAGUUGUUUUUGAUUAUCUUCAUGCCACGGCCUAUCAAAAUACUGCACUUGGACGGACCAUUUUGGGACCAACUGAAAAUAUCAAAUCUAUAAAUCGUAAGGAUUUAGUUGAUUAUAUAACUACGCAUUAUAAGGGGCCAAGAAUAGUGCUUGCUGCUGCUGGAGGUGUUUCCCAUGAUGAGCUGCUUGAGUUAGCAAAGUUUCAUUUUGGUGACUCUUUAUGCACACACAAAGGAGAAAUACCAGCUCUGCCUCCCUGCAAAUUCACAGGAAGUGAGAUUCGGGUGAGAGAUGACAAGAUGCCUUUGGCACACCUUGCAAUAGCUGUUGAAGCUGUUGGUUGGUCACAUCCUGAUACAAUCUGCCUCAUGGUUGCAAAUACACUGAUUGGCAACUGGGAUCGCUCUUUUGGAGGAGGAAUGAAUUUAUCUAGCAAGUUGGCCCAGCUUACUUGUCAUGGCAGUCUCUGCCAUAGCUUCCAGUCUUUCAAUACUUCUUACACAGAUACAGGAUUAUGGGGACUCUAUAUGGUUUGUGAACCAGCCACAGUUGCAGAUAUGCUACAUGUUGUUCAAAAAGAAUGGAUGCGUCUCUGUACAAGUGUCACUGAAAGUGAAGUUGCACGAGCCAGAAAUCUUUUGAAAACAAACAUGUUGUUGCAGCUUGAUGGUUCAACUCCAAUAUGUGAAGAUAUUGGUAGGCAAAUGUUAUGCUAUAAUAGAAGGAUUCCCAUCCCUGAGCUUGAAGCACGAAUUGAUGCUGUGAAUGCUGAGAUAAUUCGGGAAGUAUGUACCAAAUAUAUUUAUGAUAAGAGUCCAGCUAUUGCUGCCGUUGGUCCUGUUGAGCAACUACCAGAUUUUAACCAGAUUCGCACUAACAUGCGUUGGCUUCGUGAAUAAAAUGCUCCUAUAUCAAAAUAUUUUGAACACAUAUAUAUUUAUAAAACUAAGAGACUUGUACAUUUUAUCAAUCCUUAAAGAAAAAAACAUACAUAUCCGGAAAUCGGCAUGAAAUACUGUCAUAAAGGUAACACUACCACUGUAAAGGUAGUUUUAUAUAAUGGUCAAUCUUUGUGCUCUGACAAAUUACAUUGGAGGAAGCAUACUUACAAAUUAUUACCACAAGUAUAAUUUUAAGAAUAAAAAUUUGUACAGUAUUCGUUUUUAUUAUAAAAAUGCACACACAACAAAGAUUGUCAUGAAGUCAUUUCUUGGCUCUACUUGCAUUCAGCACUUGCUCCUGAGCAGCUUUCUUUGCCUUUACCAUCUCGACAAGUUCCUAGGAAGAGAAAGGUAUGAUUUAAAUUGAGAAGCUGUCAGACAGAGCUAGCUAGCAUUUUGUGUGAAUAGGUAAAAAAUCCAAAUCGGAUGAAUCUAUAAACAAAGAUCCUAUUGACACUGUUGACAUCGCUAACUGCCAGGGCUAGAAAGUUUGUAAUAAUAAUGUGCCCCCUCGGGAGGAAAAGCAGAAAGAGGAAUGGAGGGAGUGGGGUGGGGCCUUGGUGUGUGUCACACUUUAUGGGGGCAAGACAGGAUUGCAAGAGGGACUUUGCCUAACAAUUGCAAUCAGUGUAACCUGGCUUAUUGUACCCUCAAUGAAUCCCCAACAAUAAAAAAAAAAAAUAAUAAUGUGCCCCCAUUACUACUAGCAUUGAAUUAAGUAUGCUAAUGUAUAUUAUUAACUAGGUAAUAUAAUCAAAACAUAGUAACAAGUUUAAAUUGAUUUAAAUUUAAUUUAAUGAUAUUGUGAUCUACAAACUCUAAAUG